AAAGAAGACUGUCACUUUCAAAGUCAAGUCUCAGUGGGGAAGAAGUUUUGAAACCCCCCAAAACACGCAGUUACACACAUAUACACACACUGUGUAUCACUUUAAUUCCCUAUUCUCAAUCACACACAUAUACAUACAGUUUUCUUCACCCAUACAUUUAGAGAGAGAGAGAGAGAGAGAGAGAGAGAGAGAGAGAGGAAAAGUGAAACGAUGAAAAGGCAGUAGAGAAUAAAGGAGCAGAAAAAUGUGUGUGAUCUGCUUCGUAUUGGCGGCGAGUUUGCUUCCUGUAAAGACUGGCUUUGAAGAUAUGGAAUGCCACAUACUUGAAAAUUGGAGGAGACAGUAGCUUAUUGAUACUCAAUCAGCCUUACUCAUGGCAUCUGCUGGACUAGGACAUGGAGGAGCCGGGAGUUCAAGAUCGGCUAAUGGCUUGAAGGUCUCGUCUAGUUCUGUUGAAUGGCUGGGAAGGGAGAUGCUUGAGAUGAGAUUGAGAGACAGAGUGGAUACUGAUGAUGAUAGGGAUAGUGAACCCGACAUAAUUGAUGGUGUGGGUGCUGAAACAGGGCACGUCAUAAGGACCACUAUUGGUGGUCGAAAUGGUCAGUCUAAGCAGGUGGUCAGUUACAUAGCAGAACAUGUUGUUGGAACUGGUUCGUUUGGAGUUGUCUUUCAAGCAAAAUGCAGAGAGACUGGAGAAAUAGUUGCUAUUAAGAAGGUUCUUCAGGACAAGCGCUACAAAAACAGGGAGUUGCAGAUUAUGCAAAUGUUGGACCAUCCCAAUAUCGUGGCUUUGAAGCAUUCAUUCUUCGCGAAAACUGAGAAAGAAGAGCUAUACCUAAAUCUUGUCCUGGAUUAUGUGCCAGAAACUGUUAAUCGUAUUGCACGACAAUACAGCAGGAUGAACCAGCGAAUGCCAUUGAUAUAUGUCAAACUCUAUACCUAUCAGAUAUGCCGAGCACUUGCCUACAUACAUAAUUGUAUUGGUAUUUGUCACCGAGACAUCAAGCCUCAAAAUUUACUUGUGAAUCCACACACACAUCAGCUUAAACUCUGUGAUUUCGGAAGUGCGAAAGUUUUGGUGAAAGGGGAACCCAAUGUAUCCUAUAUAUGUUCGAGAUAUUACCGUGCUCCUGAACUCAUAUUCGGUGCGACUGAAUAUACAACUGCAAUUGAUAUAUGGUCGAGUGGUUGUGUAAUGGCUGAAUUACUUCUCGGACAGCCGUUGUUUCCUGGAGAGAGUGGAGUUGAUCAACUUGUUGAAAUUAUUAAGGUUUUAGGAACACCUACGAGAGAAGAGAUCAAAUGCAUGAAUCCAAACUAUACGGAGUUCAAGUUUCCACAGAUCAAGCCCCAUCCUUGGCACAAGGUUUUCCAGAAGCGUCUACCUCCAGAGGCAGUGGACCUGGUUUGUCGGUUUUUCCAGUACUCACCCAAUCUCAGAUGCACAGCUUUGGAAGCAUGCAUUCACCCUUUCUUUGAUGAAUUGAGGGAUCCCAACACCCGACUUCCAAAUGGUCGCCCGCUUCCUCCUCUCUUUAAUUUCAAACCUCAAGAGCUUUCCGGUAUACCUGCCGACACUAUCCACCGCCUCAUUCCGGAACAUGCUAGAAGGCAGAAUUUGUUCAUGGCUUUCCACUCUUAGUCAACGCAUCAAACAAGUCCUGCUCCUUCGAUUCUGUGAAAAAAGAAACUUCAUGUUUUGUCAAAAUGGCUUCAAGUUUGCAGGGACUAUUUUGUAGGGGAUAAGAGUUUUUUAGCUUGACGAACGUAUGCCAUGUCAGCAAUUCCGUGCAUAUUUAUGAGACUUGCGGAAUGUUUAUUGUCGGAUACUGAAAAAUGAAAAAGUACAGGACGAAAAAAGAAAAAGAAAAAAAAAAAGAAUGCGUAUAGAUCAGUUUUUUCGUGCUUCACGUCCUAUGUAAAUUGAGUUCAAUGUGGAUCUUGUGCUUUAAGGUUCUUAAACCCAUUAUGUGUUUUUGGUGAAGAAAAAUAUUACGAGUAAACGCACACGUACAUGUGGAUGUGUGUAAAAUAUAUUUGGUCUGCUCCUCGAAUUCUUGAUCGAGUAUAGUUUUGACUGGAUUUCCGUAA